AUGGUUCCCCCAAGAUUACAGGCCACUGACCCCUCCGCCCAACUGACGACGGCCCACUCACUGGCCUUGUUAACCGAGUACACACAUACCCUCGACUCCCUACCCCUCGACCUUUCUCGAAAUUUUGCCGACCUGAGAGAACUCGAUGCAGUUCUCUCUUCCUCCAUGAUCUCAAUAACAUCAAAAAUACGUGCCCUCACUCUCAUGAUUGAGCAGGGUGUGGCGCCAAAAGAAGACCGGUUAUGGCUUUUGACUGAGAUAGCAGAGGAGGCCAACCGCCUGAAGCUGGGAGGGGAGGAUAAGAUUCGUGUUGCAUGUCAAGCGGCCGACAAUCUCAAAGCCCACUCCAAUCAUCUUCGAACGUUAUCCGAGCACCUGCCCGGCUUCGAUGCUUCGGUUUUGACCAGGAAAACUGUGUACCCUCACGUUGCAGUGCGUUCUUUCAUGCCAGUCGCUUCACUGGAACCAGGGCGAAGGCGUCGUGGUGGGUUUGGCUCUCUGUUGGUUGCAUCCAACCCAGAUCCCAGUCCAGCCAAAAGGAAACGGGUCGCAAAGGACGAGGAAAUCGACGUGAUGAAGUCACCUAAAAAAGACCGAGUGGGCGAUGGCAAUGUUCGAGGACGCACUAACGGUCGGGCUAAAAAAACCGAACGUGGUCCUUCACCAUCCGAAUCUCUCGUGUCUGUCACAUCCCAUCUCCCAUCCCAGGCUACCCACAACGCCCGUGGAGGAAGUCACAACGCCACACGGAGCAAUAACGCCGCGUCCGCAACUAAUAAACGCGCUGCCCGUAACGUCAAUUCCAACCGGAACCCCACACCCCUCGCCAUUGAGCAAUACCCCUCCCCACACGAGACCAGUUCAAGACGAGAUGCAUACAACGCCGUGCCGUCCUCUUCCUCCCACCCCUCCCUUCCACUGCCUUACCAAACUCAAACCGCGCCGAAUGAGCCUGCGAAUGGCGGUCACCAUUCACAUGUCAUUAACGCGUAUGAUAUGCAUCACGCGGCAAUAGUGAAUCAUCACCAAGACUGGCAAAUACCGCACCCCCAGCAGCUUGAAGGGCCUGGGAUGCCCGUUGGGCGCAGCACGUCUAUUCAUUCCGCAGCUACCAAUGUUCCUAACAUUCCUCCAGAGCCAGCAGUGGGCACAGACGGAGCAGCGACGGAGGGUGGGGAUGCUGAUGCGGAUAAUGACGAUGGCAGGACGUACUGCUUCUGUGAUGGAGUUAGCUAUGGCGAAAUGAUUGCUUGCGAUGAUGGGAAUUGUGAGAGGGAAUGGUUUCAUCUUGCAUGCAUUGGCUUGGCUGUACCGCCUGAAGGCCGUUGGUUCUGUGAAACCUGCAAAAACAAGCGAAACACGAAGAGGUCGGGCCGAGGAGGCAAACGCAGACCAGCAGGCGGAAGAUCUGCAAAAGGAGCAUAA